GGAGGAGGAGGAGGGAAAGUUUUGCUCGCAACUCCGCCAGUCCACCUUAAGCGCACGAGCAGGCGUGCGGCGAAGGUUUCCGCUUCUCACUCGCGGCUCCCGAGACUCUCCGAACUAAACUAACGUAACUCACGCAAGCUUUGACGCACCGACCACGAAGACGGCGGAGGGAGAACAAUGUCCGACUCCAAGUACCGAGAGUGGAUCUUGGACACUAUCGACUCCCUGCGCUCCAGGAAAGCCCGGCCGGACUUGGAGAGGAUCUGCCGGAUGGUCCGCAGGCGCCACGGCUCCGAGCCCGACCAGACGUGCGCGGAACUGGAGAAACUGAUCCGGGAGCAGACGGUGCUCAAAGUCAACUACAAGGGCUCCAUUUCAUACCGCAACGCCGCCAAGGUUCAGCGGAGGUGCCGCAAAAAGGACGACGCGGUGUCGGCGACUGGAGGAGGAGGAGGAGGGGGAGGAGGAGGAGGAGGAGGAGGAGGAGCGGCCGUGGCGGCGGCAAAGAGCGCGGCGGACGACGCCAGUCAUUCGGACUUGAGCAACGGGGACAGCGCGCUCGGUGCGGCGGACCCGGACGACGACGAUGACGAGGAGGCGGACAUCUCCAUGGCGAUGGACACAGACAGUAAUGCAGAUGAGGAGGGGGGAGACGAGAGCCGGGACAGACACUACGGACCCUCCCCGGGCCCUGCGUGCCAAGUCCCGGCCACGCAGGUGGGGGGGGUGCGAGCGGCCUCCGCCCCCUGCUCCCCGUCUGGCCCUCGGCCCGGUCCCGGCGGUCCCCCCGGCUCGGGCCUGGACUGCGUGUUUUUCCAGAGUGCUGGUACGAGGCCCAGCUCCUUGCCCCCCUCCAGCCCCCGGACCCUCCCACACAAUGAAUGGUCUUAUGGUGCCGCCGCCGCCGGCCCUGUGGAGCGCCAGGACCCAGGACCCCCGGGCAUGCAGACCCACAAAGUAGUCCACCCUGAGGUGCAGAAAGAAGACAAGAAGGAGGGCGGCAGUCCUCUGUCAGACCAGCUGGUCCCGGACUACGCAGCACAACUGGAGAGGAGCGCAGAUGUGUCCGAGGGACGCGCCCAGGUUUUGUCAUCGUCAGAUGAUUGCACCUUGAAGAAGAACGCAGAGACGCCGUCCUCCUUCCCACAGACCAACAACGUCCUGGUGAACGGUGAUCAAAGCCAAGACGUCUCGGUGAAGAAGGAGAAGAUGAGUCAGAACUUGCUGCAGUGGAGCGUGGCAGACGUGGUCACUUACUUCUCCGAGGCUGGCUUUCCAGAGCAGGCACUGGCCUUCAGGGUGCAGGAGAUAGACGGCAAGUCUUUGCUCCUCAUGCAGCGCAGCGACGUGCUGACGGGCCUGUCCAUCCGCCUCGGCCCUGCACUCAAAAUCUACGAGCGUCACAUCAAGGUGCUCCAGAGGACCCACUUCCUGGAGUGUGAGGACCUUUAAGGCACACCAGACAAUAUACGGAUGAAGGAGGGAGAAGAGUGUGAGACUUUUAAGACGUUCAUCCUACCUCUCAUGAGCCUCAUUCCACCCUCGCGCAUAGGAGGAGCGCUGGCCCUUUAAGAAGAGCCACACUCUGCAUCUUGAAGCCAUGGGCGUGCACCUUGUGGACUUCCUUUCUUCCUCACUGACCGUGA